CUGGCCAGGCCUGGCGGUAACCUUGGAGUCUCAGCCGGUGGUGCUGCCGCCGCCGUCGCCGCGGGGGUGGGCUUUGGGAGUCCGAGCGUCAGCCGGAGCCGGGCCUGUUAGGUGCCCGGAGCCUCCGGGGUUGCGCGGGAGUUCGCUGAGGAUCUCGGGGAGCAGGAACUGCGGGCGCAGGGCCGCCCAGCCGACAUGUCUCUAGUUGCGGAAGCCUUAGUCUCCCAGAUCGCAGCUGCAGAACCUUGGCCUGAAAAUGCUACAUUGUAUCAGCAACUGAAAGGGGAGCAAAUUUUGCUUUCUGACAAUGCCGCUUCUCUUGCUGUGCAGGCCUUUUUGCAAAUGUGUAAUCUGCCUAUCAAAGUGGUCUGCAGGGCAAAUGCAGAAUAUAUGUCUCCAUCUGGUAAAGUACCUUUUAUUCAUGUAGGAAAUCAAGUAGUAUCAGAACUUGGUCCAAUAGUCCAAUUCGUUAAAGCCAAGGGCCAUUCUCUUAGUGAUGGGCUGGAUGAAGUCCAAAAAGCAGAAAUGAAAGCCUACAUGGAAUUAGUCAACAAUAUGCUGUUGACUGCAGAGCUGUAUCUUCAGUGGUGUGAUGAUGCUACUGUAGGAGAGAUCACUCAUGCUAGGUAUGGAUCUCCCUACCCUUGGCCUCUGAAUCAUAUUUUGGCCUAUCAGAAACAGUGGGAAGUCAAACGUAAGAUGAAAGCUAUUGGAUGGGGUAACAAGACUCUGGACCAGGUCUUAGAAGAUGUAGACCAGUGCUGUCAAGCUCUUUCUCAAAGACUGGGAACACAACCAUAUUUCUUCAAUAAACAGCCUACUGAACUAGAUGCACUGGUAUUUGGCCAUCUGUAUACCAUUCUUACUACACAAAUGACCAAUGAUGAACUUUCUGAGAAGGUGAAAAACUACAGCAACCUCCUUGCUUUCUGCAGAAGAAUUGAACAACACUAUUUUGGCAAAGGCAGCUCAUCUAUCAGAUUGUCUUAGAAUUAUGUGUUAAUUUAGUUAUUAUUAAAAAAUUUAAACUUUUGAAAUAUGUGUUACUUGAAUGAUGUAAUAGAUAAUAGUAUCAGAAUUCAAAGCUCAAAAUACUGCUUUUCAAAA